AUGGCUCACAAUCAGUUUAGAAUUGUAGUAGGCUCUUACGAACACAAUUUACUGUGUCUUUCGGUAGAUUUGUCGCACGAGACGCCUGUUUUCACACCUAUUUUCCACUUCCAAGCGCAUGCAUUGAGUGUGAAAUGUUUAGACAUCUCGAAGCGCUACUUGGUGUCUGGCUCCAACGAUGAACACAUUCGGAUCUAUGACUUGCAAAAACGUAAGGAACUGGGCAAUUUGAUGAGCCACCAGGGCUCGAUAACGGCUCUAAAGUUUUCCAGAGGAGCACAGCUGGAUGACAGCAGCACCAAAACCCAGGAAAACUCCAAACGUGGGGCGCAGACUAACAGCAGAUGGCUGCUGUCUGCUUCUGAAGACAACAAUCUGUCAUUGUGGCGGGUCAAAGACUGGGAAAACUUCGGCACUCUUAAGGGCCAUUUGGCGCGGGUCAACGAUUUUGACAUCCAUCCUUCCAGCAAAAUUGCAAUCAGCACGAGCGAAGACCACUCCAUCAGGUUGUGGAAUUUGAUGACGCUGAAGAAUGCUGGGGUUUUGAAGCUGAGAAAAUACAAUCAAAAUGGACAAUUUGUUGGGUGGUGUGGCAGCAGCGGUGAGUUCUUCGCUGUGGCCCUCACUAACAAGGUUCUGCUAUACAAGACUUCCACUGCCAAGGUCCAUCGUGAAAUAGAAACUGGAAGAUCUUCUAUCAUGCAUAUGGAAGUGCAAACAAUCGACGAUCAGGAAUACAUAGUAGUGGGUCUCGGAAACGGCGCGCUCGCCAUGUACUCUACAAAAGAGCUUUGCAAAGAAGAUGACCAGGAGGAGGAAGAAAAGCAGACCGUUUCUCCCUCGUUCACUUUGCAAGGUCACAGCAUUCGUAUCAAGGACUUCAAAUUUUACACCAAUGAGUUUGGCCUCUACCUGGUAUCCAUAAGCUCUGACGGGAAGAUAGUUAUUUGGGACAUGGCGACCAAAGAUCAGAUCGCCGUCUAUGACUGCGGUGAGAGAUUGAAUUGUCUAGCGUUGUGUGACGAGGCGAUUGAGAAAUACGAAACAGUCAAGAAAAGAGACGCUGAGGAAGCUGACUUGGGUGAGCAAAGCGAAGCCGAAGAAGACUCUGAAAAAUUGAAGCAGAUUAUGAUGGGAAGAAAGCCCUCCAAGAACAAGAGCAGUAACAAGAAAUCGCGGUCCAAGAACAAGAAAGUGGAAGUUCAACUAGAGUGA